GUCUUGCGUCUCCGUGGUGGUAUGCAAAUUUUCGUCAAGACUUUGACUGGAAAAACCAUCACUUUGGAAGUCGAACCAUCCGAUACCAUUGAAAAUGUAAAGGCCAAGAUUCAGGAUAAGGAGGGAAUUCCACCAGACCAACAACGUUUAAUUUUCGCUGGUAAACAGCUCGAAGACGGUCGCACACUAAGCGACUACAACAUCCAAAAAGAGAGUACUUUGCAUUUGGUCUUGCGUCUCCGUGGUGGUAUGCAAAUUUUUGUCAAGACUUUGACUGGUAAGACCAUCACUUUGGAAGUUGAACCAUCGGACACCAUCGAAAAUGUCAAGGCCAAAAUCCAGGAUAAAGAAGGUAUCCCACCAGAUCAACAACGUUUGAUUUUCGCCGGCAAGCAGCUCGAAGACGGUCGCACAUUGAGCGACUACAACAUCCAAAAAGAGAGUACUUUGCAUUUGGUCUUGCGUCUCCGUGGUGGUAUGCAAAUUUUCGUCAAGACUUUGACUGGAAAAACCAUUACUUUGGAAGUCGAACCAUCCGAUACCAUUGAAAAUGUCAAAGCCAAGAUCCAGGACAAAGAAGGCAUUCCACCAGAUCAACAACGUUUAAUUUUCGCUGGCAAGCAGCUCGAAGACGGUCGCACAUUGAGUGACUACAACAUCCAAAAGGAAAGCACUUUGCAUUUGGUCUUGCGUCUCCGUGGUGGUAUGCAAAUUUUCGUCAAAACAUUGACUGGUAAGACUAUCACUUUGGAAGUCGAACCAUCGGACACCAUCGAAAAUGUCAAGGCCAAGAUCCAAGACAAGGAGGGAAUUCCACCAGACCAACAACGUUUGAUUUUCGCUGGUAAACAGCUCGAAGACGGUCGUACAUUGAGCGACUAUAACAUUCAAAAAGAGAGUACUUUGCAUUUGGUCUUGCGUCUCCGUGGUGGUAUGCAAAUUUUCGUCA